CCCUUUCUCUGCUACUUUUCCCGACUUGAUGACGAUUAUGACGUCAGCAUUGUAGAUGGUGGAGAGUCGGUGGGCGAUGACGAUGCUAGUCCGGCCCUCCCUGGCCUUGUCCAGAGCCUCCUGAACUAUCUUCUCACUCUCUGUGUCCAGGGCCGAGGUGGCUUCGUCCAGGAGGAGGAUCUUGGGGUUCCUCACCAGAGCACGGGCUAUGGCAAUUCGCUGCUUCUGACCUCCCGACAGCUGAACUCCUCUCUCCCCGGCCAACGUAUCGUAACCAUUGGGUAGUUCCAUUAUGAAAUCGUGGGCAUUAGCACUCUUUGCAGCCGCCUGGAUCUCUUCAAUAGAAGCUCCAUUCUCUCUCCCAUACGCUAUGUUUUCAGCGAUGGUGGUAUCGAAGAGGACGGGCUCCUGACUAACGACUCCAAUAUU